AUGAAGCUAACAUCAGUCAUAUUCAAUAAUAUUGUUCGUAAAAUGCCGUGCCGGCCGAUUGUUCUUUCUGGACCAUCAGGUGGAGGAAAAAGUACAAUUCUGACAAGAGCAAUGAAGGAAUACCCGAAGAGCUUUGCGUUUAGUGUCUCUCACACCACAAGACAACCAAGAGCAGGCGAAGAGCACGGAAAGCACUAUUUUUUCACUGAGAGAGAAAAGAUGCAAGAAAUGGUGAAAAAUGGCGAGUUUCUCGAGCAUGCCACAUUCAGUGGAAAUUUAUAUGGAACCAGCAAAAGAACCGUACUAGAAAUCGAGAACAGUGGAAAAAUUUGUGUUUUGGAUAUCGAACUUCAAGGUGUCCGUAAUAUCAAAAACAGCCAUCUUGAUGCCAGAUACAUUUUGAUCCGUGCGCCAUCUAUUAAACUCCUCGAAGAACGACUCAGAGCUAGGGGAACUGAGACAGAAGAAACUUUGAAAAACCGGCUCAAGCAUGCCGAAGAAGAUCUCGUCGAAAUUGAACGAGAUCCGACACUUUUCGAUAAAGUCAUUGUGAACGACGAUCUUGAGCGUGCAUACAAAGAGUUCGUUGAUUUGCUUCGAGAGGAUCUCGAAAAAACGUCCAAAUAA